AGCCGUGUUUGAGAAACUCUUGAGUUAGGGUUCAUUUAAAAAAGAUGGGAGCCCAAGGCCCUGAGCCAACCGUUAAAACUGCCAAAAUUUCCUCGUGGCCUCUCUCUGUGCUUAGCAAACCCUUAAUUUCCCAAAUUUAAUUUUCCCCAUCAAAUUGACUAAACAAAACUUCUGCAAAUCCCACCAUUUCCCUUCUGCCAUAAUUUUUUCCCCAAUCACCAAAUUGGCCCCUUUUUUCAGGCGGACUCAAAUUGGACAUUUUAAAUGUCAAGCCAGAUGAAGGAAGAAGAGAGAAUCGAAAGGAUCAUUCGAGGUCUCCUAAAGCUGCCAGAUAACCGGAGAUGCAUUAACUGCAACAGUUCGGGACCGCAGUAUGUUUGUACAACUUUCUGGACAUUCGUAUGCAUGAAUUGCAGCGGAAUACAUCGAGAAUUCACACACCGGGUAAAAUCGGUGUCAAUGGCUAAGUUUACUGCCCAAGAAGUUAGUUGCCUUCAAGCUGGUGGCAAUGAGCGGGCAAGGCAAAUUUACUUCAAGACUUGGGAUCCUAGUCAGAAUUUUUGCCCGGAUGGCAGCAACCUUAACAAACUGAGGGACUUCAUCAAACAUGUUUACGUGGACCGUAAAUUUUCAGGCGACAAGAGCCAAGAAAAGUCUCCCAUAGCUAAAUCUGGUUCAAGAGAUUUGUAUGAUGAGCGGCGUUCGUUUGAAAGAUCCAUCCCUGGUGGAAAGGAAGUGUUUGGAGAGCGCCAUUCGUUUGAAAGUUUUAGUUUGGGUGAUAGGCGUUGGCACGAUAAAUCCAGUCGAGGCAGUAAAGAGGACUUAAAUGAUAGGUGCUAUUUAGAAAAGCACAAUAAUGCAGCUAGAAAGAAUGAAGAUAGAAACUUGAGAUAUGGCAUUGACCAAACCAGAAGUCCCCGAUACACCCAACCGAAGAGCCGUCCUGCCCAGUUCGAAAUUGUUGAUGAUAGGUUUCGAGAGGACGGGUCUGGGAAUGUGAAACGGUAUGAGCAUUAUCGGUUUACCAAAGCAGAGUCAAAGCGUCAGAGCAGAUCACCCGAUUCUCAACGGGCGAGUACUGAACCAACCCAUCCUGUUGUCUGCCCCAUUAAAGAUAUCUUGGGUGACCAAGUUGUUAAGCUGGAAGUUGGUGAUCCUCCAGAACCAAAGGAAGCAAAUGUUCAGAACAAUGGAGAGUCUACUAAAUCAUCAGACUCUGUAAAGCCUAUAAACUUGAUUGAUUUCGAAGAUGAUCUUCAACCUCCAGCAAGUGCUUCAACUCAGUCAACACAACAACCACCAGCUUCAACUUCCUCAAGUGAAAAGGCUUCAACUAAUGUUGAUUCUACGGAGUCAUUAUUAUUAUUGGGAAUGUCUCCCGCUGCUUCGCCAACAGUAGCGACAGAUAUGACAUCGCCAGCGCCAGUUCCUGCUGAUUCCACAACCGCUCAUCAAGAGAAUGUUCCUCAGGAUUCUAACGCGGGAAAUGAUCAAAAACAUAGUGGAAGAAAUGAGCUUCCAGCGGAACUUUUCACAUCAAGCUAUUCACCUUUUCUGGCGGCAGCGCCUGGAUGGAUGGAAUAUGGAAUGCAUUAUCAUCCUCAUCAUCAUGCAAGGAUGAUGCUCUCAGCAAAAUCAAGAAACCCGUUUGAUGUUUGUGACGAAAGCUCUCAAGUUCCCGCCCCAAUGCUUCCUUCCAUGCUACCGUUGCAAGGAACGCCUAAUGUAUUGCCUUCGCCACAUCCCCAACAAUCACCAUAUGCAUUGGCACCGCCUCUUCCAUCAACUUCUUAUGGGAUGGUUGUACCUCCAGGGGCAUAUGUUGGACCACAAUUACCCAACAAUUUGUUAAUGAGAGGGUAUCAAGAACACAACAACUCUGAAACCGGAGAAUCGCCAUUUGCUUUGCUGAACCCUCUUCAUCAAUCUAGUAGCAGUAGCAUUCCAUACAUGACACCGGAUACUUCAUCACAUUCCUCUUCAACCAGAACCAAUCCCUUCAGUUAUUAGAGAAAGAUUAAGUUUGACCACUUAUUUGUUUUUAAUGAACUACUAGCCUCGUA